AUGAGAUCCAUUAAAUGCACCGUUAUAGGGGACGGGUGUGUCGGGAAGACCUGUCUACUGAUCUCCUAUACCACCAACACUUUCCCCAACGAGUAUGUCCCGACCGUAUUCGACAAUUACAGCACCACUAUCACACUGCCACCCGUUGGUAAGGGUAAGGAGGAACCGGAGUAUUACAAGUUGAAUCUGUGGGACACAGCGGGUCAGGACGAUUAUGACACAUUGCGUCCCCUAUCUUAUCCACAGACUGACAUUUUCAUAAUUUGCUUUGCUGUUAAUGAUCUGGUCAGUUUGGAUAACGUCAAGAGUAAAUGGGUUCCUGAGAUCAAAAAUAGUUUCAAUGAGGAUGAAUUAAAAGUCUUCCAAAGUCGGAAUAGGUUCCCCAUGUUGCUAGUGGGGACCAAGGCUGAUACGAGGUAUGAUGAUGAAAUUGAUGGGAAAUUUGCUACGAAUGAAACGAUUCAAUCCGUCGUGGACCAAUGCGGGUUCGUUGGUUACGUGGAAUGUUCUGCGUUGAGUCAAAUGGGGAUUAAAGAUGUAUUCGAAGAAGCUGUUAAGGCUGUGGUUUACGGUGAUGGUAUCGAAACGCCAGAAAGGGGAGCCAUGGCGGCACAAAAGACAAGGACAACCAGUACGAAUACCGCUUUAGAUGUACCUGUCAGUGGUGUCAGCACGAAGUUGGAGGAACAGUUGGAAGAUGAUAAGAAUAAGAAGAGUACGCCAUCGCAUCUAAACAGUAAGAAGGGCACCGUUAGUUCUGACAAAAAUAAGGAAGUACCCACGACACUUCAGAUGCCAAAGACUAAACCAAAGAAGAAGAAGAAAAAGGGGACUAAUUGUGUGAUCCUGUGA